AUGUCCAGUCCGGUGAACCCGAACAGCUCAAACAACAACAACAACAAAAUCAUUAGAAAACCCGCCAGCACCGCCCACAAUAUUAACAACAACAACAACAACAACCCCACCGACGGAAAUCACAGCUCUGAUUCGGGCACAAAAAAAACAGUGCCCGUGAGCAAGGUUCCGGUCGGCCUAGCCAAGGGGCCCGAUUUGAAAAACGUUAAGUCUAAAAUUGGAUCGCUGAACAAUGUGAAACACAAGCCAGCUGGCGGCGACAAGAAGAUUGAAUCGCAAAAGUUAACCUGGAACACCAACUCGCGAAUCGGUUCACUUGAGAAUGCCAGCCACAAACCACACGGAGGCAAGGUGCGCGUCAGCACUCAGAAACUGGAGUGGAAGGGAAAGAGCAAGGUGGGUUCGCUGGACAAUGUGACGCACAAGGCGGGCGGCGGACAGGUGCGCAUUUUCGAUGAGAAGUACACCGGCUCCUCCAGUCGGGCCACCUCGACGACCCGUUCAGGCAGCACAACGCCCCACGUGGACAGCAGUACCGGUUUGCAGCAUCAUCAGUACAACGCCGAUGACCUGCUCAGGCAGACCGAGCAGAAGCUCACCCUCAACGACUGA